GGGAGCCCCACUGUAGGGCUCCGGGCAGGGCAGGGCAGAAUGGAGCAGAGGUACCCACGGAACUCACAGGGCUGGGGACCCGCUGCAAUCGCCAGGGAGAGGACGCAUGAAUAUUCAUACCCGCUGAAGCGAGAGGGAGCCAGCCAGCCUGCCUGCUGCUGGGUGUCAUUGGAGCGCUCCCGUCUCCCAGUGCCCAGAGGCAGCCUGGGAAUCAGACGUGGCUCAGGCAGAGGAAAGGGACAGCCACAGCCAAGGCGCCUGAGAUGCCGCCGCCGCCGCCGAAGCGCCGGGAAUCCAUGGCCAAGGGGCUGGUGCUGGGCGCACUGUUCACCAGCUUCCUGCUGCUGCUCUACUCCUACGCCGUCCCCCCGCUGCACGCCGGCCUGGCCUCCGCGUGAGCCAGAGCCGCCCCCGGGGAGCGCCUCCAACGGCUCGGGCGGCUGCCGGCCGCGCCGGGACAUCGUGUUCAUGAAGACGCACAAGACGGCCAGCAGCACGCUGCUCAACAUCCUGUUCCGCUUCGGCCAGAAACACGGGCUGCGCUUCGCCUUCCCCAGCGGCCGCAACGACUUCGACUACCCGGCCUUCUUCGCGCGCAGCCUGGUGCAGGACUACCGGCCCGGCGCCUGCUUCAACAUCAUCUGCAACCACAUGCGCUUCCACUACGACGAGGUGCGCGGCCUGGUGCCGCCCAACGCCACCUUCAUCACGGUGCUGCGCGACCCCGCGCGCCUCUUCGAGUCCUCCUUCCACUACUUCGGGCCCGUGGUGCCGCUCACCUGGAAGCUGUCGGGCGGCGACAAGCUGGCCGAGUUCCUGCGGGACCCCGAGCGCUACUACGACCCCGGCGGCUACAACGCGCACUACCUGCGCAACCUGCUCUUCUUCGACCUGGGCUACGACAGCGGCCUGGACCCGCGCAGCCCGCAGGUGCAGGAGCACAUCCUGGAGGUGGAGCGCCGCUUCCACCUGGUGCUGCUGCAGGAGUACUUCGACGAGUCGCUCGUGCUGCUCAAGGAGCUGCUGUGCUGGGAGCUGGAGGACGUGCUGUACUUCAAGCUCAACGCGCGCCGCGACUCGCCCGUGCCGCGCCUCUCGGGCGAGCUCUACCGCCGCGCCACGGCCUGGAACAUGCUGGACGCGCGCCUCUACCGCCACUUCAACGCCAGCUUCUGGCGCAAGGUGGAGGCCUUCGGGCGCGAGCGCAUGGCGCGCGAGGUGGCCGCGCUGCGCUGCGCCAACGAGCGCAUGCGGCGCCUCUGCAUCGACGGCGGCCAGCCCGUGGACGCCGCCGCCAUCCAGGACGAGGCCAUGCAGCCCUGGCAGCCCCUGGGCGCCAAGUCCAUCCUGGGCUACAACCUCAAGAAGAGCAUCGGGCCCCGGCACGCGCAGCUCUGCCGGCGCAUGCUCACGCCCGAGAUCCAGUACCUGAUGGACCUCGGGGUCAACCUGUGGGUCACCAAGCUCUGGAAGCUCAUCCGCGACUUUCUGCGGUGGUGACCGUCACCAGCGCUGGCGCCCCCAGCGCGCGUGCGCACUGCCGGAGCGCUGGGCAGGCACCUGCUGGUGCCCGCCUCCCCCUGCCCCUCCUGGUGCCACCCCGGAUCCUCCGGGGCUGCGGGGGGGCUCUCGUGGGGGACACGGCCGGCCAGGACUGGGCCCACUGCACACCGAGAGGGCCUAACCGACAUCAGUAUUUGACUAAUUAUGUCAUUUUUAUUAUUAUUAUUAUUAAAGCCUCCAAAAGAGAAAAAAAAAAAACCACCACAAAAUAGAA